AUGGACGUAUCCAAAGUUGUCGGCCUCCCCGAGGAUUUACGGUACAUUCAAUACGAGCAUGGCCUGGAAUCGACCUAUCUACCCGCCAUACGCUCUCUGAUCGCGAAGGACUUGAGCGAGCCUUAUAGCAUUUAUGUCUAUCGGUAUUUCCUCUAUCAAUGGGGCCACCUGUGCUUCAUGGCAUUGGAUCCUACCGAUUCGUCCCUCAUUGGCGUCAUCGUUUGCAAACUAGAACUUCACUCGUCUCACUCACCCCCGACGCGCCGCGGCUAUAUUGCCAUGCUCGCCGUCGCUUCUCCUUACCGCGGGAAAGGCAUCGCGACCGCCCUCGUGAAACGCGCCAUAGAGGCCAUGGCCCAGCGCAACGCCGACGAGGUUGUUCUGGAGACGGAGGAAACCAACACCCAAGCCAUGCGCUUGUAUGAGCGUCUGGGUUUCUUGCGGUCCAAGAAGCUGCACAGAUACUAUCUCAACGGCAACAGCGCUUACCGACUGGUGCUGCUUCUAAAGUCCAUCGAUCCAGACGCCAUCAUUGAUGAUUUUGAUGGCCAGUCGCCAUGA